AUGUAUGAAGGGAAGGAGAAGCGGCUGGAACUGAUCCGAGAGCUGCGCACCACUCACGCACUCCAGGAGGAUGGACAGCUGCUUUUGAAGGCAGAGGAGCAAAUGACACUGGCUCUACAGCAACAGCAUGACUUGAAGAUGCACAAGCUGUCAUCAGUGGAAAACCACUUGGCCAGGGAAGAAGGAAGGGCACUGGCGAACAUAUUCGAUUUCCUGUCCAAAGAGCUGGUGAGGCUGCAAGAAGAACGGAAGAUCCAUGCUUUUGUGAUGCUGGCUGAGAGGCAGAGGCGGAUGCGGGAAGCGGAGGAGAGCGGACGUCGUCAGGUGGAAGAGAGGCGGCGUCAGGAAGAGGAUGAGAUUUUCAAACAGGUGGUGAAAGUGCAGCAGAGCACUAUUGACUCCUACUUGGAAGACAUUGUCCUGAGUAGCAUGGAGAACACAGCUGAAGAACAAGCCAGGGAAGAGGUUCAGAGAAUGGCUGUAGAAAUCAAUGACAUCGCUUACGAAAUGGAAAGUCGUCUAACCCACCUACAGUCAGAAGAGAUUGUAGCAGAGCUGGUUUAUGAUUUCCUGAUUCCAGAAGCUGAGAAAAUGUCUACCAGAGAAAAAGUGAGGCAGUCCCAAAGAAAACACAUCUAUGCUGCUCAUCAGAUCAUCCACAGGGGCACAGAGAGGGUAGUGGCUGAUCUGGCACUACAUCAGGAGACAUCUGCCAGCGAGAUAAAGGGAGAUCCUCCUGCUGGGACAGCUAGCGCUGCUUUCCGUGGGACAGCUGCUGGACCAAGUGCAGCUGACGGCACUUGCUCUGCCCCAGCUGCAUGCGAACUAGCUAAACUUCUGCGUGAAGAAAGCCCAGGAGAGGCAGCAGUGAACCCUUCUGAUGGAUCAGACAAGGAUCCCACAGCCUCCUAG